AUGAUAUUAGCGAGUCUCGCGCGAAGUGAACUAGGACCAUGCAAAUGCGUACAUGGCGGGCCGACCGAGCGCCGACGCUUGGCAAAGGACACGCUUACGCCCUCUGCUUGCUGCCAGCAUCACCAGUUCCGCGUCACAGUCUUUUCGAAAUCAGCAAUCAUGAGGCUUCUGUCUGGUUUAGUUUCUUCGCUUCUGCUUUCGAGCGCUUCCAUUGUGUCUGCGGCUUCGUCCUGGAGUUUUGAAGAUGGUGUUGUGUCUGUGAACAGCAAAGGUGCUGGUGCUGGCGAAGGGUCCAAGAACAACUUGAGCCCAAAUAAGCCACUGGCCAAGUCUGUUUCAUUGAGUGCGUCCGAAGCCUUGAAGGUCGCCCUCACUACUGUCGAUGGCAGCUCGGCGAAGCGACCACAUCAGGCUUUCCUUACGUUGACGGAGCCCAUCACCGGAUUAGAGGAGUCUUUCGUAAUCAAAGUCAAGGACAGUGGAAAGGGACAUGUCACAUUGUCCCACAAAGACCUUCCCCACCAAUUCCUCACUACCGAGAAGCCAAUCGCCGCCUCCAUCGUCAUUGGUUCUUUUGGCUCUUCCACUCCCUACAAGAGCAAGGCCUUUGAUCUACACGUAACCCGCGACCCCAAUGUGCCUCUUAGCAUCCCCGAGGCACCCGUUCGCUUCGCCGCCGAGCCCGAGAUUCACCACAUAUUCCGCGAGGACCCCAAGUCUCCUCCCAAGAUCAUAACCAUGGUGUUUACUGCAGCUGUUCUCGCUGCUCUCCCCGUGUUGCUUGGUGUCUGGGCUACUCUGGGCGCAAAUGCGAACCACCUCCAAAAGGUCAUGAGCAACGCGCCCGUGUCGCAUGCGUUGUUUCUCGGUUCGAUUGUGGGGAUGGAGGGAAUCUUCUUCCUAUACUACACCCACUGGACUCUGUUUCAGACGCUGCCCGCCGCGGCGGUUGUAGGAACUAUUGCUUUCUUGAGCGGAAGCCGAGCGCUUUCCGAGGUCCAGGAGCGCAGAUUGGCCGGCUUGAGAUGA